AUUUAAAGUGACAGUUCACACCAAAAUUAAAUACAUAUCUUUCUCCUCUUACCUGUAGUGCUAUUCAUCAGUCUAGAUUGUUUUGUUGUGAGUUGUCGUUGCUGAGAAGUUGUUUGGAUUAGAACAAACAAUGUGAUAGCAUCAAGAAGGCCAACCCUAUGUUUCUCAACAUUUUUUCUGACAGGGCAAGGUGGUGCUCCAAAGGUGUGGCAGAGAAAGAGACUCUCUCCCAUAAAAGCAGGGCUGCACUCUGGAUGGUGGAAGACUAUUGCUAACUGCAGCAGUGCAAUUGUGUGGUGGAAGAACCUGAACUACACUUACAUCAUAUAGGACAUGGUGCUUUGGAUUAUUUUCCCCAUCUCCCUCUCCCUGGUGUCCUUCAUUGGAACAUGGACUGUAUAUGGCCUGGCUUUCACAAACAGUCAUGUGUGCUCUCUCAGUGACUGGGGGAGUGACAACUACUGCACAGGUAAUCAGUCCACUGGAUGUUGCCUUGUUCCCACUAUAAGCUCAAGUGGAACUAGUGCCCCAGAAAAUUCACUUUUUACAGCCACAAUCAACUUGGGAUCCUUUCUGUUUCUGCUGUUCAGUUUAUUCCACCAUGCCCACAUUAUGGAGAAACACACGUGUCAUUCCAUGCUGAGCAGGUUUGCACUGGUCUUCGGUGUGGUGGCAGCUUUGGGAGCAUUCACAGCUGGAAACUGUAAUCCAGGUUACCUGGCACUCCUUCACUAUCUCGGAGCUGCCAUCAGUUUCGUGUGCAUCUGCUUCUACACUGUCCUGCUCACUGCGCUGACUGGGAAGUGUUUGCUGACAGGAUAUGAGAAGAUUCUCUACCCGUUACGCAUUGCCUCCACUGUGGUUCAAACAAUUGUCACCAUCUGCUAUACUGUUUUGUUCGCCCAGGAUGAGUACUUUUACGUUCACUUGUCAGCUAUAUUUGAGUGGAUGCUUAGCAUUAACCUGGAGCUGUUUGAGCUCAGCUUCGCUGUGGAGUUUUGCUUCUUCUCAUCCUUCAUGCUUUCAAAUCUGUUGAGCAAACGUGAGGAAGAAAAGCCUUUAAUGAUGACGAUGUCCUGAUAUGAGGCCGGUAGGGUCCAGCUGAACCACGUAAGCAGCGAGGAUGGACUGAGUAAGACAUCUGUGGCUGGAUCGGAGAUAAUGAACUAAUUUUUUUUUUUUUUUCAUCACUCCGCUGGGAUGGUUAUAUAGCCAUUUAUGGCUUAUGACCACUUUUAUUCCACCCUCUUGAUACUGCAGCCUAAAACUAUGAUUUUCUUUACUAGGCAUUUCUCUUCCCCAUCUCUUACUGUAUUUCUUAUUCCUUAUUUAUUGAAACAAACUUCUUGUACAGCAAAUGAACAAAACAGUUGUAUUAUGCUUAUGCUAUGACAACAGAACAAUUAACCUGAUGUUUCAUACUCCUUAUUUAUGUUAAUCAUUUUUUGUGUGCAAUUACUGAAAUGUUAAUUUAAGGUACACUAAUGAGGACCACAAUUUAUGAGAAUCUUACAGAUUUUAGCUUGACAAUGAGGUUCUUUGAGUACUUGUAUAUAGCUUUGGCACUUAAUAAAAAAUGACCACUGUACUCACUGAGAAGUCCUGUUAUUCUGCGGAUACUUUACUUCAUAGCUCUACCAGAAGUUAGAGAACAUUUUAGUACACCCAUUCAGAGAGAUUUAUCCCUGUGACGUCAUAAGAUCUGGUUUGACUGGAUGACUGAGUGACAGUCAGAAAAUAACAGUACAAGGACGACAGCAUAUUAUUCAACAGGUUAUUUAUCUAGAAGCAUUGCGUACAGUGGUUUUCUGUAAACCUUGUUACGUUUUUAGGUGUGGUUAAUGCGUGCGAGUCAGAGGACAGCAACUUAAAAGUCCUGAAAAAGAAAAAAUAUUUUUCUAUUUCCUUGAGUGAUGUGAAUGUAAGAAGUGCUUUGAAUUACAUCUCUUGUAUCUAGUGCUCUAUAAAUAAAUUAUAAUAAUUUAUUAUUAUUAUGUGCCAAAGUUAGAACAGGUUGUUAGAAGUAAAUAAGUUUGUAAAACCAUAAAUGUAAUGACAAAACAACAUGGUUCUGGUUUUAAUGCAAAGCACUUAACCUUUACUUGAAAGAAGGUAAUAUACAUCCUGGAAUUACAGAUAAAGAUACAUUAUCAGCAAAAUCAUUUCACAAUGAAUAUCUUUUCUUUGCAUUAAACAAGAGAGGAGUGUGACAUUAUCUACAGUUUUUGUUAGGAAGAAAACAGUGAAAAGCACACCUAAUUCUUUCAGCAUCUUUACUUUAUGGUAAAAAAAUUCAUCUAUAUGCAGUACUCUACAU